UUGCUUGAAAGCACGGAGCAGGUGCCCGUGCUACAGUGCUGUCAGGGAUUUCCUUCCUUGGAGGCACUCGGCUGAUCCCUGCAGGAAUGGCCCCGGGGCUCAGUGCUUCUCCACCAGUUGUGCUUCUGCUGCUGUCCCUGCUGGGUCUGGCUGCUGCUGGGAAGCUCCUGGUGGUGCCAGCUGAUGGGAGCCACUGGCUGAGCAUGUGGGAACUGCUGGACCUGCUCCAGCAGAAGGGACACGAGGUGGUUGUGGUGGCACCCAAAGUGACUUUGCACAUCAAACCAUCAAACUUUGUGGUGAAAAUGUACUCGGUCCCCUUCACACAGGAAGAGUUGGAGAAAGCAUUCCAGGCAUUUUUUCAUGGUUCAUUUGAAGAAGGUUGGUUUUUAAAGAGAUUUUUUAAAGCGUACAAAGGUAUGAAAACCCUCACUGAAUGUUGGGUCACCAGCUGUAAGCAGCUGCUGCAAAACAAGGAGCUCAUCAGGUACCUUGAAGAGUGCAAGUUUGAUGCUGUCCUUACAGACCCUGUAGCAACUUGUGGGUUGAUCCUGGCAGAGCAUCUUUCCCUUCCUUCCAUGUAUUUCUUACGAGGAGUCCCAUGUGGGUUAGAUUUAGAUGACAGGCUGUGUCCCAGUCCUCCUUCCUACGUCCCCAGGGUAUUUACAGACCUCACAGACCACAUGACCUUUUUCCAGCGGGUGAAGAAUCUGCUCUUUGAAAUCCCAAAUGUUUUCCUCUGUGAUUUUGCCUUUGAACCCUACUCAAAACUGGCUUCGGAGUUCCUGCAGAGGGAGGUGACCAUGCAGGAUCUCUUACGGAAGGGCUCUGUUUGGCUCCUGAGGUUGGAUUUUGUGCUAGACUAUCCAAGACCCUUGAUGCCCAACAUCAUUCCCAUUGGAGGAGCAAACUGUGCUCACAAGGAGCUCUCUCAGAUGGGAAUCGAGUUCCCAUGA